GAGGGCAGCCCCGCGGGGUCCCCGGCUCCGCCCGCCCGGCCCCGGCCGCCCCAGCGCGUCCCCCCUCCGGGCCGGCCUCCCCGCGCGCCCCGGGCAGGGCCGGACCCGGGGGGGGCCGGGCCCCCGCGCGGCCGGCGCCAUGGAGCUCCGCGCGCUGCUGUGCUGGGCGUCCGUCGCCGCCGCCCUGGAGGAGACCCUGCUGAACACGAAGCUGGAGACUGCCGACCUGAAGUGGGUGACCUACCCCCAGGCCGAGGGCCAGUGGGAGGAGCUGAGCGGCCUGGACGAGGAGCAGCACAGCGUCCGCACCUACGAGGUGUGCGACCUGAGGCGCCCCGGCGGCCAGGCGCACUGGCUGCGCACGGGCUGGGUGCCGCGGCGCGGGGCCGUCCACGUGUACGCCACGCUGCGGUUCACCAUGAUGGAGUGCCUGUCCCUGCCCAGGGCCGGCCGCUCGUGCAAGGAGACCUUCACCGUCUUCUAUUACGAGAGCGAGGCUGACACCGCCACGGCCCACACGCCCGCGUGGAUGGAGAACCCCUACAUCAAGGUGGACACGGUGGCUGCGGAGCACCUGACCCGGAAGCGGCCCGGCGCGGAGGCGACCGGCAAGGUCAACAUCAAGACGCUGCGCCUGGGCCCGCUCAGCAAGGCUGGCUUCUACCUGGCCUUCCAGGACCAGGGCGCCUGCAUGGCGCUGCUGUCGCUGCACCUCUUCUUCAAGAAGUGUCCCCGGCUGGUCACCAACCUCACCUCCUUCCCCGAGACCGUGCCCCGCGAGCUCGUGGUGCCCGUGGCGGGAAGCUGCGUGGCCAACGCCGUGGCCGCAGCCGGCCCCAGCCCCAGCCUGUACUGCCGCGAGGACGGCCAGUGGGCGGAGCAGCAGGUCAGCGGCUGCCGCUGCGCGCCCGGGUUCGAGGCCGCCGAGGGCAACAAAGUGUGCAGAGCCUGCGGCCAGGGCACCUUCAAGGCCCAGACAGGCGCCGAGGCCUGCCAGCCGUGCCCGGCCAACAGCCAUUCCAACACCGUGGGCUCCCCCGUCUGCCUGUGCCGGAUCGGCUACUACCGCGCCAGGGCGGACCCCCGGAGCGCGGCCUGCACCGCCCCACCCUCGGCGCCCAGAAGCGUGGUUUCGCUCCUGAACGGCUCCUCCCUGCGGUUGGAGUGGAGUGCUCCCCUGGAGUCCGGAGGCCGCGCCGACCUCACCUACGCCGUGCGCUGUCGCGAGUGCCGUCCUGCCGGCUCCUGCCUGCCCUGCGGGGCCGACCUGACCUUUGACCCCGGCCCUCGGGACCUGCUGGAGCCCUGGGUGGCCGUCCGAGGGCUGCGUCCUGACGUCACCUACGCCUUUGAGGUGUCCGCGUUGAACGGCGUGUCUGCCUUGGCCUCCGGGCCCGCUCCCUUUGAGCCCGUCAACGUCACCACCGACCGUGAGGUGCCCCCCGCGGUGUCGGACAUCCGUGUCACUCGCUCCUCACCCAGCAGCUUGAGCCUGUCUUGGGCUGUGCCCAGAGCACCCGGUGGGGCCGUGCUGGACUAUGAAGUCAGGUAUCAUGAGAAGGGCGCAGAGGGUCCCAGCAGCGUUCGGUUCCUGAAGACCUCAGAAAACCGGGCUGAGCUCCGGGGGCUGAAGCGGGGAGGCAGCUACCUGGUGCAGGUCCGCGCCCGCUCCGAGGCCGGCUAUGGCCCCUUCGGCCAAGAGCAUCACAGCCAGACUCAGCUGGAUGAGAGCGAGAGCUGGCGCGAGCAGCUCGCCCUGAUUGCGGGCACUGCGGUGGUGGGCGUGGUCCUGGUCCUGGUGGUCGUGGUCAUCGCUGUCCUCUGCCUCAGGAAGCAGAGCAGCGGGCGGGAGGCCGAGUACUCCGACAAACACGGGCAGUACCUCAUCGGGCACGGCGCUAAGGUGUACAUCGACCCCUUCACUUACGAAGACCCCAAUGAGGCGGUGAGGGAGUUUGCCAAAGAGAUUGACGUGUCCUAUGUCAAGAUUGAAGAGGUGAUCGGAGCAGGGGAGUUUGGUGAGGUGUGCCGGGGCCGCCUGAAGGCGCCGGGGAAGAAGGAGGGCUGUGUGGCCAUCAAGACCCUGAAGGGCGGCUACACGGAGCGGCAGCGGCGCGAGUUCCUGAGCGAGGCCUCCAUCAUGGGCCAGUUCGAGCAUCCCAACAUCAUCCGCCUGGAGGGCGUGGUCACCAACAGCGUGCCGGUCAUGAUCCUCACGGAGUUCAUGGAGAACGGAGCCCUGGACUCCUUCCUGCGGCUCAACGACGGGCAGUUCACGGUCAUCCAGCUGGUGGGCAUGCUCCGCGGCAUCGCGUCGGGCAUGCGCUACCUGGCCGAGAUGAGCUACGUGCACCGCGACCUGGCCGCCCGCAACAUCCUGGUCAACAGCAACCUGGUGUGCAAGGUGUCGGACUUCGGCCUGUCCCGCUUCCUGGAGGAGAACUCCUCGGACCCCACCUACACCAGCUCCCUGGGAGGGAAGAUCCCCAUUCGGUGGACCGCCCCCGAGGCCAUUGCCUUCCGGAAGUUCACGUCGGCCAGCGACGCCUGGAGCUACGGGAUCGUCAUGUGGGAGGUCAUGUCGUUCGGGGAGAGGCCGUACUGGGACAUGAGCAACCAGGACGUGAUCAACGCCAUCGAGCAGGACUACCGGCUGCCGCCCCCGCCGGACUGCCCCACGGCGCUGCACCAGCUCAUGCUGGACUGCUGGCAGAAGGACCGCAACGCGCGCCCGCGCUUCCCGCAGGUGGUCAGCGCCCUGGACAGGAUGAUCCGCAACCCCGCCAGCCUCAAGAUCGUGGCCCGCGAGCACGGCGGCGGGGCCUCGCACCCCCUCCUGGACCAGCGGCAGCCCCACUACUCGGCCUUCGGCUCCGUGGGCGAGUGGCUGCGGGCCAUCAAGAUGGGGCGAUAUGAGGAGAGCUUCGCCGCGGCCGGCUUCGGCUCCUUCGAGGUGGUCAGCCAGCUCUCUGCAGAGGACCUUCUCCGGAUUGGAGUCACCCUGGCGGGACACCAGAAGAAAAUCCUGGCCAGCGUGCAGCACAUGAAGUCCCAAGCCAAGCCGGGGGCCCCCGGCGGGACAGCAGGGCCCGCCCAGCAGUUCUGAGGACUCAGCCCCAGAGCGCGGUGCCCCCUUUUCCGGGGCAGAGCUGGGUGGGGACACACAGGCGUGCCCCCUCGCCAUCCCAGCCCCCCGCUGGAUUGCACUUUGAACAGGGGGGUCGGACUUGGUAAUCCUGGAGCCCCAGGAUUUGCGAAAGCGUGGCCUGUGGCUGGCGGGCGGGGAACCCAGACCCAGUCUUUCCUGGAGCCUGGGCAGAGAGAGCCCUGCCUGCUAGUCCCCCGGCUUCCCAGAGGCUCCGCGCAGGCGCCCUCCACCUCGGCGGCACGGCCCACAGACCAAAGAGCAGGGCGACCGGCCUGGACCUGGGAGUGGAUGACUCCGCCCGGGAGGCAGGGCGGCCGUGGGGACCCGGGCCGCUGGCCGCUGUCGCCACCAAAGGCAAUCAUUUCCCUGUACAUGCCCCUCCCCCAUCCGCCUUCAUAUUGAAGGCUCUGGGUUUUGACUAUUUUUGUUAUUUCUGUCCUCCUCCCCUCCUUGUCCGGAGUCUGUGUUGCAGGGUCUCUGUCCCACUGUCUGCUGUUGGGAACAGGGACCCAUGAAAGCAUUGGGGAGCAGAGCCUUGGAAAUGUCACCGGCCGCCAGGCAGCUCCCUCCUUCCCUGUCCACAGGUGGCCCAGUGCGUAGGGAGGGCAGGAGGGCAGUGGCGGGCCACAGAGCAGACGCCGGUGCUUGGACGGGGUUCCAUAAAUUAUAUUUAAAAAGCAGCUUUUUGUAUAAAUAAAAUAAAUGGACCACG